AAGAUGAUUGAUUGUAGCUUCUCCAAGCAAACAUUCUCAACCUUUUCAUCUGUAUAAAACAACUGACAUCUCCAGAGCACAAGUCCCUGAGCAUUUCUUCUUGCGCGACCAAAUUUGCAAAUGGCCAAUUCACGAGCACCCGGACAAAUUGCUGCCUGGCCCGCCCAUUCAACGCUACUCAGAAUCAUUGCUAUGAUCUUACUAGCUCUGAUUCUCCUUGUAGGCAUAGCUGUGAUCGUCAUUUGGUUAGCAGUCAAGCCUCGAAAGCUUGUCUAUACAAUUGAGUCUGGCUCAAUUCAUAACUACAAUUUAACCGCUGAUCAUCUCAAUGCCACCUUCAAUUUUGGGCUGAGAGCGUACAACCCCAACAGCAAGGUCUCAAUUUACUAUGACAGAAUUGAGACCAGAGUUUUAUACGAUGAUUCGACUGUUGCAUUCAACAAUGUCCAGCCCUUUUAUCAGCCUCGACGAAAUGUGACUCAUCUGGGGCUAAAUCUUGUCGCCACUAACGCUGAGCUGUUUCCAGGGACUGCAAGAAACCUGAGGAUGGAAAGAAGUACCGGGGAGAUCGAAGUUGAGCUUCGAGUGAAGGCGAAGAUAAGGUUCAAGGUUGGAGCAAUUAAAUCUCAUCGUACCUUAAGGCUUUUAUGUGGCCCUCUUGUGGUUCAUUUCUCUUCAUCCAGGAAUUUCGAGAGGACCUUCUGUGAUAUUGAUUUGUAAUAUAUAUAUAUAUAUAUAGUAACUUAAUACCCAGCCCCUGAUUCUGAAGUCUUAUGUUAUUCUUGAAUUGAGGUUUGUUUUUUUUUUUUUUUUUUUCCAUUUUUUGAUUGUUUGGUUUUCUUCGGUGUCAUUUGUUAUAUUUGGUUAAUCCCAUAGUGUAUCUAUUUUGUUCGUUUUGUUAAUGUACCAUUCGUAGCCUGGUUUGAAAUACAUUGGUGCCAUAUAUUCAA